AUGGCCUCCAGUCUUCGCGCACGUUUCAGCUCCCACGUCCUGAGGGCAGACCCGGACGAGCCGAGACUGGAGCGGAAGAAGAUCACGGUGGCAGGAAAGACCCACGUCCAGUAUUGUGUCCGGCCCGGGCGCGAGAGAGACUAUGUCAUAGAGCGACGCCAGCGUCGGUACCAGUCGCGAGAGGAGCUGACCGAAGCAAGCACCUCCCGUGCUCGCCCGCUGCCGAUUUUGGAUACAGCGCAGCACGGGAUGUCGAGUGCUGCCGGCACAGAGCGUGGAGAAAGGUACGCGCCCGAGCCCUGGGCUGAUGUCUCGUCUCCUCCCACCUGCCGCUUUUGCCAGAACACCGCUGACAAGACCGCCUCCGAUCUGCUGAUGGGGUGGCGUGUUCGCACACAUGUCGUGUCGACAUCCGAGUUCACAGCAACGGCCAGAGUGUAUCUGGUUAUCACAAAGAGCCGCCGUCGGACCAGCGUCGCCAUGGCAUACGAACCCAUCUCUGGGCGUGAACGUGAAGAUCAUCUAGACAAGACACCAAACCGCCGACACCGGUUUACGGGCACUAUCCAUCAAGAGAAGGAAGACUCUCUGUUCGCGCAGAAGCUCCACGAACUGGAGCUGGGCGGUGGCGGCAGGUGGGAGCUAGACACCCUCCAGUGGGACGACCUUGCCGACGACAAGACCUACAUCGAUGAGCAUGGCCCCGGUCAAGGCACGCAAGCCGACGCCACAGCUGCUGCUUCUAAGUGCUCUUCGUUUGGUUCGGGACGGGAGCCCACUCCGCUCUGGGCUAGUGGCAGUGCCGUUGGUGUCAAGACUGCCUGGGAAGCCAUCCACCGUCUCGGAGGAGAUGAGGCCAUUCAGGGGCGGGAUCUGCAGCGCCGGGUGUUUUCCCAGGACUUGCAGGUGGCCGAGCUGGAUGAUGCCCCGCCCCCUUACUCCUUGCACGCGACCUGAUCACCAGG